CGCAGAAGGCACUUCCUCCUCAAGUUCUGAACGAAGCGUCGUGGAGUGUAGAUUUGUCGAGAAAACCUCACAAUUCUCAAGUGUUCACUCACCAUUUUGCUCAUCUUAUCUGUGUAAUCGAUAGUUCUUCAGCACAAGUGAAGAAAAAAAUGGCAAAGGCUCCAGCUGUUGGUAUCGAUUUGGGCACCACGUACUCUUGCGUGGGCGUCUUCCAGCACGGAAAGGUGGAAAUCAUCGCCAACGACCAGGGAAACCGCACCACGCCGUCCUAUGUGGCGUUCACGGAGACUGAGCGUCUCAUUGGCGAUGCCGCCAAAAAUCAAGUGGCCAUGAAUCCGACCAACACCAUCUUUGAUGCCAAGCGUUUGAUUGGCCGCAAGUUCGAGGAUCCGGCCAUUCAGGCUGACAUGAAGCACUGGCCUUUUGAGGUGGUGAACGUUGAGCAGAAGCCCAAGAUUCAGGUGUUCUACAAGGAUGAGAAGAAGACCUUCUUCCCCGAGGAGAUCAGCUCGAUGGUGUUGACAAAGAUGAAGGAGACCGCCGAGGCGUACCUGGGCAAGACGGUGACCAAUGCCGUCAUCACGGUGCCGGCCUACUUCAAUGACUCCCAGCGUCAGGCCACCAAGGACGCCGGUACCAUUUCUGGCCUCAAUGUGCUCCGCAUCAUCAACGAGCCCACUGCCGCGGCCAUCGCCUAUGGGCUGGACAAGAAGGCCAGUGGCGAGAGGAAUGUGCUGAUCUUCGAUUUGGGCGGCGGCACCUUCGAUGUGUCCAUCCUGAGCAUCGACGAUGGCAUCUUCGAGGUGAAGUCCACGGCCGGUGACACCCACUUGGGCGGUGAGGAUUUCGACAAUCGUCUCGUGAACCACUUCGUGCAGGAGUUCAAGAGGAAGCACAAGAAGGAUCUCACGAGCAACAAGCGUGCCCUGCGUCGUCUGCGCACGGCGUGCGAGCGCGCAAAGAGGACACUGUCAUCGUCCACUCAGGCCAACAUUGAGAUCGACUCACUGUUCGAGGGCACUGACUUCUACACAUCCAUCACGCGUGCCCGCUUUGAGGAGCUCAAUGCCGAUCUGUUCCGCUCCACGAUGGAGCCGGUGGAGAAGGCGCUGCGUGACGCCAAGAUGGACAAGAGCACCAUUCACGACAUCGUCCUCGUGGGUGGCUCAACGCGUAUUCCCAAGGUGCAGAAGCUUCUUCAGGACUUCUUCAAUGGCAAGGAUCUCAACAAGAGCAUCAAUCCCGACGAGGCUGUUGCCUACGGCGCCGCUGUGCAGGCUGCCAUUCUCCACGGAGACAAGUCGGAGGAGGUGCAGGAUCUCCUGCUGCUCGACGUGACACCUCUGUCGCUGGGUAUCGAGACUGCCGGCGGCGUGAUGAGUGUGCUCAUCAAGAGAAACACCACCAUUCCCACCAAGCAGACGCAGACAUUCACCACCUACUCGGACAACCAGCCCGGUGUGCUGAUUCAGGUGUACGAGGGUGAGCGUGCCAUGACCAGGGAUAACAACUUGCUCGGCAAAUUCGAAUUGUCUGGCAUCCCACCGGCUCCGCGCGGCGUGCCCCAGAUUGAGGUGACCUUUGAUAUUGAUGCCAACGGCAUUCUGAAUGUGACUGCCCUCGAGAAGUCCACCAAUAAGGAGAACAAGAUCACCAUCACGAACGACAAGGGACGCCUGAGCAAGGAGGAGAUCGAGAGGAUGGUGAAUGAGGCGGAGAAGUACAGGAGCGAGGAUGAGAAGCAGAGGGAGACAAUCUCCGCGAAGAAUGCUCUUGAGUCUUAUUGCUUCAACCUCAAGGCCUCAAUGGAGGAUGACAAGGUGAAGGACAAGAUUACGGAGGCGGAGAAGACGCAAGUGCUGGAGAAAUGCAAUGAGACCAUCAAGUGGCUCGAUGCCAACCAGUUGGCGGAGAAGGAGGAGUAUGAGCACCGCCAGAAGGAGCUGGAGCAGGUGUGCAAUCCCAUCAUGACAAAGAUCUAUGCCGGAGCUGGAGGCGCUGGUGGCAUGCCUGGCGGAUUCCCAGGCGGAUUCCCCGGUGGUGCUCCGGGUGGCGCUGGAGCUGGAGCCGCUCCUGGCAGCGGUGGCGGCUCUGGACCGACCAUUGAGGAGGUGGACUAAACUCCACGCAGGCACACUUCUUCAGCACCACUGCGUAGAAUUUUGCAUCAUUUGCCGCAUUUGAAAUCUCAAACAUUGCAGUUCUCCUAGCAUAAUUAUUCAAUUGAAAAAACCUUGAAUUAAUUUAUUCCGUUCAUUCUUUUAUGAAAAUUUGAGAAAUGGCGAGAUUGCUUUCGCCCAUUUCUCGUGUAGUCCAUUCCAAUGCGUCUCGCAACAGAACUACCAAAUUGAAUUAUCACGCUCUCGCUCUGUAGUUCAGCCGAUACCAUCGAUAAAUAAAAGAUAUCCGAUCAUAGGAAA